GCGUCCUCGUUGUUUAGAGAGGGGUGACUCCCCGACGCUGUGUGUUGCUUAAUACAACAUUUAAACUUUCUUUUAAGAACUUCACGACUCGCCGGCGGUUGAACCGAACUCGUGGACAUCGGUGUCCAUCUUCGGUUGACAUUGGCCUUCCAGCUACUUCGUAUUUGACAGCCAGACUGGGAUUAGGGAUUUGACACUGACUAAUAUCGUAGUUAGCUAAUAGCAGCUAACUUCUUUCCGCUUAUCAGCUGCCUCAGCGUUGUAUGUGCGGCAAUAACAUGUCGGCGCCUCUACCUGCCAUUGUGCCUGCUGCCCGGAAAGCCACUGCAGCGGUGAUAUUUCUGCAUGGCCUUGGUGAUACCGGGCAUGGCUGGGCGGAGACUUUCGCAAACAUCAGGAUACCACAUGUGAAAUACAUCUUUCCACAUGCUCCCACCAUGCCUGUUACUCUAAACUUUGGAAUGAACAUGCCUUCUUGGUUUAAUAUCUACAGUUUGAGCUUCGAUGCAGAGGAAGAUGAAAGUGGCAUUAAAAGAGCUUCAGACAACAUUAAAGCCUUGAUUGACCAAGAAGUGAAGAAUGGAAUACCGUCACACAGAAUUAUGCUGGGAGGCUUUUCACAGGGUGGAGCUUUGUCUCUGUACACGGCUUUGACAACUCAGCAGAAAGUUGCUGGAGUGGUUGCACUGAGCUGCUGGCUUCCUCUCCGCAGCUCCUUCCCUCAGGCAACUGCAAACUGUCCUAACAAGGACAUGCACGUGCUCCAAUGCCACGGGGAUGCCGAUCCACUGGUCAACCAGGCUUUUGGCAAAAUGACAGCAGACAAGAUGAAAACUCUCAUCAAUGAUACAAAUGUCACCUUCAAGUCAUAUCAGGGUCUGUCUCACAGCUCGUGUCCAGAGGAAUUGGUGGAUGUCAAGCAGUUCAUAGAGAAGCUUCUUCCUCCCAUCAGUGACGAAUGAUCUCGGAAGUGUCCACACGACCGCACAGCGUCAUCAGAGUCUCGUGGGACUGACGCCCAUGUGACUCUGUGGACUCGAGGAAACCACCGACUUACUUGACAAUAAAACCACGCUGCUACUCCUAAAGCCAGGCAAGAACAGAGCAGCUAUAUGUUAACCCGGGAGAGCCUUGACUAAAAAGGUGCUGCAUCCUGACCUGGAGCCACACAUGAAUCUCAGUAUUUCAGUAGAGUGACUUCAGUUGCUUGCAUUGACACAAACCAUUAUCUGCAGGAAACAUGUACUGGAAUAACUAGGGCUAUACCUUUUGGUUUGAUUCUUCCGAUCUUAAAAUAAAUGGCUUGUUGCUAAUUUUUCUUAA